AUGCAUUUGCACAUUCGAAACCUCGCCGCUCUGGACUUGAGCCACGCGACCGCCAAAGGCUGGGUGAAUCGCGUGGAAUCUCUGCUGGCGUCCGGCGUCGAUCCCAAUGCACUUUUCCAUGGUGAGGAACCCACCAUCGCUGCUCAGGCAGACAACGCAGCUCUAGAUGAGAACGCUACGCAGCCGCCGCAGGUUUACUCCGAGCCCACGGAAAUGCCUGCUCUUCGGCGGGCUGUUCGAGACUCGGACCCGGACAUCCCCAAGAGGGCUGAUUUAUCAAGAACGGCGCGGCUGAUGAAAACGUUACUCGAACAUGGCGCUGAUCCGUACGCGUUGUUUCGCCAGCCUAUCUUUUGCUGUGAGCUCCGUCCUAUGUUUCCAGGGGCCGCGCAGGAUCCGGAGUAUGUCGAGGAUGACUCAGACCUCCGAGCUAUGACAUAUGCUCGUCGAGGUAUCUUUGAGAAGAUACUCAAGAGCGAGUAUGAGCGUCUUGGGCUGUUAGGCGUGAACCAAGAGUCCGGCUUGUCACAUUACUAUACAUUUAGUGAUGGCUGGGAAUCAACUAUCGACUAUGAGCCUCAAUUCCCCCGCACCUAUGCUGUCUGCAGCGUAUUGCACUCUUUACUUGAAGAUGGCGGAUUUUCUCAGCCAAUCCUUGACUUUCUCGGUAACAGCCUUGAUGUGGAGCGGCGAGAUCCCCAAGGGCGGACCUUGUUCCUCGCGGCCUGUCGCAGUAUGCUUGGCUUAGACGCUGCAGUAGAUGGGGCCUAUAUAAAUCUUUUGUCGUCGCAGAUAUUGCCAAACCCCUAUCCGCAGCCGCGGAAUCCUUGGCAAGACGUACCACACAAAUUCACAUCGACAUGCACAGGCCCUAGUCUACUCGAGUUCUUCGUCUCCUGCGGCGCAAAUCUUCUGGCUGUGGACAAGUACGGUCAAAAUGCCCUUCACAACAUGCUAGCAUUCAUCGAUCGCGACUACUGUUAUACAGUCCCGGUUAUCGAUCACUCCCUCAAGUACUUGGUCCAGAAGCAUCCUGCUUUACUAGACCAGCCCGACAGAGCUGGGGUCUUCCCCAUCCACUACGCAAUUCGGCGUAUGUGUGACUAUUCAUUUGACGGGCAACCCGAAACAAUGUUCCACUUCGAGAAAGCUGUGUAUGAACUUCUGGCUGCCAACACAGAUCCACUCGUCCGUGAUAGCCGCGGCAAUACCGUUCUCCAUUACCUUGCUGCUGGUCGGCUCGGCGAAGGCGAUCGCGUGGGUGAUGAGCAGAGACGCCUCCUUGCAGUUUUGCUCCAGCGAGGAGUUGACCCCAGGGUCCGUAACAUAAAUGGUGUCACGGCAUUAGAAUUAUUCUUCAUGACAGGGGAUGAACCGAGAUUUGAAAUUGAUCGUGAUUACGAUCGUUUCUACUCUAUUGGCCAAGGAAUAGUCGACGCAUUCGAGCAAUCUAGCUAUAUCCUGGCAGAAACGAAUGCCGCAAACCAAACGCUUCUGCAUCUGGUGGCUAAACUUGAUUCCGAUCGAUCGCGCCCAUGGUAUGAUCUUCUCCAAUCCAAAGGGCUCGACCCUGAGGCAAAAGACAGCAAUGGGGUAACCCCACAAGAAAGCGUGAAACUCAAUAGCUGGAUGAGGCAAUAG